CUACUUUUUUUUUUUUUUCCUUUUUAGGACCACCUCAUAAAAUGGUGUCACCUAAACAAGAACAUGAAGAUAGAAAACAUGACAAAGUCACAGAUAAAGGAAGUGAAAGUGGGACUUCCUGCAAUGAGCUCUCCACUUCCAGUUGUGACAGCCACUCAGAGGCGAGCACUCCCCAGGAUAACCCACCCAAUGCCCAGCAGGCAACAACUCAUCAACCUAACACCUUAACAUUGGAUCGCCCUUCCAAAAAAGCACCUGUGCAAUGGAUGCCCCCACCAGACAAACGCAGAAACAGUGAACUCUUUCAGACACUCAUCAGCAAGUCCCGGGAAACAAAUCUUUCCAAAAAGAAAGUCUGUGAGAAGCUCAGUGUGGAAGAAGAAAUGAAAAAAUGUAUUCAGGAUUUUAAAAAAAUCCACAUUCCAGAUUAUUUUCCAGAGCGUAAACGCCAGUGGCAAUCUGAACUGUUACAGAAGUAUGGGUUAUAGUAAUUAUCACAUUCCUGCAGUACUUUGAUGACAUUCAAUGUUUACUACAGUGUCACCACCUGACUGUGUCCUAACAAUGGUCAGUGUGAUCCUUGCUGCUCUUCUUUUUUGUGAACAGUGGACGUGGGACAGUAUUUUCUUUCAUUCUUUUUUGUUGUUGUUGUUGUUUUUAGAGAUAUAAAAGAAAAAAAAGAAAACCAAUAAAGUUGAAUCAAAAUGGUGUAUCUGAUUCAAACUAUUUUGCAAGAAUGAAAGUAAAACGUGCAUGAGCAAGAAGCUUAGAAUCUUGAUUUUUGAACUGUGGUCAACUGGAUAUGUUUGUCAUUUUGUGACUCACCAAAAGGAAAUCAUAUCACUCCAACUAAAAUGACAAUGUGGAUGAAGUAACAUCAAGUAAAAUGUUAGAUGAUGGUUUUGGGACUCAGAUCCAAAACUGUUUAAAUGUUAAUGCAAUAAAAACAAGUAUUAUUUUUGCAUGAGCACAGUGUUACAAAUAAACCACAAGGCAUAGGGAAGAUCUGUUUGUCGCUUAGAAAGAAAAAAAAAAUACAAAAAAUAAAACAGAAAAAAAAAAAGUGUUUCAGGCAAAGCCUGUAAAUGUAAGCUGUCUAGGAGAUUGAAUUUUAUUUGUUCUGGAUAUGUGAUUUUUUUUGUGUAGGUGUAUGGUGUUCUGUAUGUUAAGAUGGUGUAAAUAUGCCUUAUACUGUUGUGUUAUGGCACUGACAUUCAUCUAUUAAUGCUAGUCACUAUUAUUUCUGUGAAAUGAGUCCUUACAUCAGGCUGUGAAAAUUGGUAUGACAAUGUUCUGAAAGAUCCUAUUAUCAUAUUAAUCAAAAUAAUUGAGGGAAAUGGUAAAGAGCUCUAUGUAUUUAUUAAAAAAGUACAGUAUAUUAGAA